CCUUCCUCGCCGCUGCUGCGCCCUCUCAGCUCUACUGGCUCUCACGUGCGGGUAGCCCACCCCGCAUCAUCCUCUCGCCUCGCUCCCAGUGGGAAGUGACUGUAUUUCCCCCUGGUUGCCUUCCACCCGGGCCGCCUGGGCGCAUCGGCCUGGCCCGCCCGCUGACGUCACCUUCCAGUCCCGCCCCCUCCAGUGUCCCGGGCCCUUGCGGCGGGGGCUGGCCCGGGGGGAGUCAGUUGAGGCGGCGGGAGCUCGGCGAAGGGCGGGCCAGGUGACUGGUCCGGGCCAUGCCGAGGAAGAAGCCUUUCAGCGUGAAGCAGAAGAAGAAGCAGUUGCAGGACAAGCGGGAGCGGAAGCGAGGGCUUCAAGAUGGGCUGCGAUCCAGUUCCAACAGCCGCAGCGGGAGCCGGGAGCGGCGGGAGGAGCAGACCGACACCUCGGACGGGGAGUCUGUGACCCAUCACAUCCGCAGGCUCAACCAGCAGCCUUCCCAGGGGCUGGGCCCACGAGGUUUUGACCCAAAUAGAUACCGGCUGCAUUUUGAACGGGACAGCCGGGAGGAGGUGGAGAGGAGAAAGAGAGCAGCCCGGGAGCAAGUGCUACAGCCCGUCAGUGCUGAGCUGCUGGUGCUGGACAUCUGGGAGGUCUAUCAGCCCGGCUCCGUCCUGGACUUUCCCCGACGUCCUCCUUGGAACUAUGAGAUGUCCAAGGAGCAACUGAUGAGCCAGGAGGAACGGAGCUUCCAGGAGUAUCUUGGGAAGAUUCAUGGGGCUUACACCUCUGAGAAACUCAGCUACUUUGAGCACAAUCUGGAGACGUGGAGGCAGCUGUGGCGAGUAUUAGAGAUGUCUGACGUUGUUCUGCUAAUCACUGAUAUCCGACACCCAGUUGUGAAUUUCCCACCAGCACUUUAUGAGUACGUGACUGGAGAGCUAGGGCUGGCCCUGGUGCUGGUCCUGAACAAGGUGGAUCUGGCCCCGCCGGCUCUCGUGGUUGCCUGGAAGCAUUAUUUCCAUCAACACUAUCCCCAGCUCCACAUUGUUCUUUUCACCUCUUUUCCUCGGGAUCCCCGCACCCCACAGGACCCUAGCAGUGUCUUGAAGAAGAGUCGGAGGCGGGGGAGAGGAUGGACUCGGGCUCUGGGGCCAGAGCAGCUGCUGAGAGCCUGUGAAGCUAUCACUGCAGGGAAAGUGGACCUGAGCAGCUGGAGGGAGAAGAUUGCCCGGGAUGUGGCCGGAGCCACCUGGGGUAAUGGCUCCGGGGAGGAGGAGGAAGAGGAGGACGGGCCGGCCGUCCUGGUGGAGCAGCAGACUGACUCAGCGAUGGAGCCGACAGGCCCCACACGGGAGCGCUACAAGGACGGGGUGGUGACCAUCGGCUGUGUGGGUUUCCCCAAUGUGGGCAAGUCCUCGCUGAUCAACGGGCUGGUGGGGCGGAAGGUCGUGAGUGUCUCCAGAACCCCGGGCCACACCCGAUACUUUCAGACCUACUUUCUCACCCCCUCCGUGAAGCUCUGUGACUGUCCAGGCCUCAUAUUCCCCUCGCUUCUGCCCAGGCAGUUGCAGGUCCUGGCAGGGGUCUACCCCAUCGCCCAAAUCCAGGAGCCAUACACCGCCGUGGGCUACCUGGCCUCCCGGAUCCCUGUGCAGGCCCUGCUCCACCUGCGCCACCCAGAGGCCGAGGACUCGUCCGCAGAACACCCGUGGUGUGCCUGGGACAUCUGUGAAGCCUGGGCAGAGAAACGUGGUUACAAGACAGCCAAGGCGGCCCGAAAUGAUGUGUACAGAGCGGCCAAUAGCCUCCUGCGGCUGGCACUGGAUGGCCGCCUCUGCCUGUGUUUUCAGCCCCCAGGCUACAGCGAGCAGAAAGGCACCUGGGAGUCCCACCCAGAGACCAUGGAGCUGGUGGUUUUGCAGGGCAGGGUGGGGCCAGCAGGUGACGAGGAGGAGGAGGAGGAAGAGCUGAGCAGCUCCUGUGAGGAGGAGGGAGAGGAGGACCGGGAUGCGGAUGAGGAGGGGGAAGGGGAUGAGGACACCCCAACCUCAGCUCCAGGGUCCAGCCUGGCCGCCCGAAACCCUUACGCCCUGCUGGGCGAGGACGAGUGCUGAGUCCCUGCCCUGCGCCAUCUCCCCCCCGCCCCGCCCAUAUCUUUGCUUUUGGACUGACCUGGGGGUCUCUCCCGCCUGCCACCCCAAUUGUGAAUAAAGAUUGUCUGCUUUGUA